AUGGAUGGGAAGCCUAUUUGCUCGGUGCCUCUCACGUGGUGUCCCAAGCGGGCGGGCGGAGCCACGCUGCGGGCGGGCGGAUGUGAGAGGCGCACCGGCUUCAUAAACGCGCUGGAAGCAGGACACGGCACAGACAGCUUUGACGAGAAGAACACACGUUCCCAAGGAAUGCCCAGAGAGCUGACCCAGAACAGAAUCCAGAAGAUAUGGAUUCCUUCUAAAGAUGACAAGCCGGCUCCAUGGAGAGGAGCUGGUGCUCCACACUUUGCCAACCCCCCCACGGUGAUAGUGAUGGUGGGCUUACCUGCUCGAGGGAAGACCUACGUAUCCAAAAAACUCACCCGCUACCUCAACUGGAUUGGCAUGCCCACCAAAGUCUUUAAUGUGGGGGAGUAUCGCAGGGAGGCGGUCAAAAACUAUAGCUCCUUUGACUUCUUCAAACCUGAUAAUGAUUGUGCCGUCAAAAUCAGACAACAAUGUGCCUUAGCAGCUCUGCGAGAUGUCAAGUCUUACCUAAAGGAUGAAGGAGGGCAAGUUGCGGUUUUUGAUGCCACAAACACGACUCGGGAAAGACGCGACCUUAUCCUGAAAUUUGGCAGCGAGAACCGGUUCAAGAUAUUCUUCAUUGAGUCUGUUUGUGACGACCCAAGUGUGAUUGCCUCUAACAUUAUGGAAGUGAAAGUGUCUUGUCCUGACUAUAAGGACUGCAACAAGACUGACGCCAUGUUGGAUUUCCAGAGGAGAAUUGAGUGCUACAAAUCGAGCUACCAGCCACUCGAGCCUGACGGAUAUGACAGGGAGAUGUCUUUCAUUCGCAUUAUUGAUGUUGGUCGUCAGUUCCUUGUGAAUCGCAUCCAGGACCACAUUCAGAGUAAGAUUGUGUAUUACCUGAUGAACAUCCACGUUCAGCCCAGGACCAUUUAUCUGUGUCGUCACGGGGAGAGCCAGGACAACCUGCGCGGGGCCCUGGGGGGAGACUCCGGGCUGUCUGCACACGGCCGACAGUUCUCCCUGGCACUAUCCCAGUUUGUGAAAGAGCAGGAGCUGAAGAAUCUGAAGGUUUGGACCAGUCAGUUGUGCCGCACCAUUCAAACAGCAGAGCACCUGGGCCUCCCAUACGAGCAGUGGAAGGCCCUCAAUGAGAUCGAUGCUGGUGUGUGUGAGGAUAUGACUUAUGAUGAGGUGAAGGAGAAGUUCCCGGAGGAAUUCGUCUUGAGAGAUGAAGAUAAAUAUUAUUACCGCUACCCAGCCGGAGAGUCGUACCAGGACCUAGUACAGCGCGUGGAGCCCGUCAUCAUGGAGCUGGAAAGGCAGGAGAAUGUUCUGGUCGUCUGCCAUCAGGCGGUGAUGAGAUGUCUGCUUGCUUACUUCCUCGACAAAAGUGCAGAUGAGAUGCCAUAUCUGAAGUGUCCACUGCACACAGUCUUGAAGCUCACUCCUGUGGCCUACGGUUGUAAAGUAGAGUCCAUUUUUCUGAAUGUAGAGGCGGUCAACACUCACAGAGACAGACCAGAGGAGGUGAAGAGGGGUCCCGGGACCUUGCAGAGGAGGAACAGUGUGACCCCAUUGACCAGUCCAGAGUCCAACAUUAAAAAACCUCGUAUUGAUGAUCUGGAUGAAGCCCCCAUCCAGGAGCUGCCUCCGUCUGUGGCCUCUCUGGCCCUUUGCAGCCCCUCUCAUCUCCCCCUGGCACUGGCUGGACAGCACUGGUUGGGCAAAGUCUGUCUAAGCUGA